GGAGUGUGCUUGGUGAUUAAAACAAAACAUUUUAACACAGAAUUAUUCACCAGGGAAUUUGAUUGGAUAAUCUCUAGCAAAUCAGAGAACCAAAACCAGUUACAUAUUUUAAAAGCGGCUUUACCCUUGUAUGUUGUAUUUUGGGUUGGGGGGGCAAUCAGAACAGACAUUGUCUUGGGUGUAAAAAGGUCCAGGGAUAUUGUGACGAAAAGAAGUCUGUGGGCAUUUUGCUUAUGUAUUAUAAACCGGCUUUUUUGAGUUUGUGGUAUAUCGUCAAUAUACCAUAGCUAACUUCUGUAUCCAGGCUAAACGCUUUGAUUCAUGCGAAAUCUCAUUCCCAAACACUUUUCCAGAAAAAAAUCCCAUUUGUCUUCCUUAGCCAAUGGGGAAGUUAUGGAUACUUCCCCACUUUUAUGAUUACAAUACAAAAAUCACGCAGCCUUGUCUGUCAUUAACAACCACUAUUUAUCUUUCUGAUUGUGCUCAAUGGUUUGUUAUUAGAGGGAUUGUAUUGAAUUAGUCUUCCGUGUCCAUACGGUAUGUACAUUGACUGUUGAAAGUAAAUUCAAUUCAUGACCAGCUGCUGUUUUGAAUGAGCUGGGAGCCCCUAUCAGAUCAGUCAAAUAGAAGUACACACAUACUGUUAAUAGAAAUGCUCACAUUAGACAGAGCGCGCGUCUGUGCACAUUUGAGCACGUCAGUGAUCAGACUUAACAGAUGAGAACGCUCUGCAGGCUACUGGUGACAGGACGCUUGGUAGACCAUGGAAGAAGGAUCUAUCUGAACAGACAGUUUCUCAGGUACCGUGAUGUUUGACUUUUUGGAUUUAAUUGUCGUGAUUAUGGUUCAUGUGUCUUUGUGGGUCCCAGUCUGUCACCGCGCUGAAUCGAUCUAUUCUCAUUCAAACAUCCUAACUGUGGGAAUGAGAGUUCAGCAGUCAAGAUGGUUGACCAGGCUGUUCCACGCAGAGUGGUAACAGAGCAGAGGCAAGCCUAUAAAUGUACAUCUUUCAUUAUUUUUUUUACCUGAACUGAUGUGAGAUUUGUGUGUUCUAAAGCAGAUAGGACGAUAAUUAUGAACGAGAGUGCUGGGGAUAUUUGUGAUGAGUUCCAGUCCUCCUGUGGCCCUUCGCUUUUCACUGGUCUUACCGUGGCCUACAUCACUGCUGAGCUAGUCAUCGCUGUCCUCUCUACCGUCGGAAACAUCCUGGUCUGUGUGGCCGUGACCCGGAACAGGAAGCUACGCACUGUCACCAACUACUUCCUGGUGUCUCUUGCGGUGGCAGACAUCUUCGUGGGCACGCUGGCGAUCCCGUGCGCCGUGUUGACCGACCUGGGCAUGCCCCGUCACGACCUGCCGCUCUGUCUGAUCCUGCUGAGUGUCCUCAUCGUGCUGACUCAGUGCUCCAUCCUCAGCCUGCUAGCGGUGGCUGUGGAUCGCUACGUAGCCAUUCUGUUGCCGUUCCAGUACCAGAGGAUCAUGAGCCCCAGGAACGCCUGGGUGGCCCUGUUCCUCACCUGGGGCCUGGCUCUGCUGUCUGGAGCCAUUCCUCUGAUGGGCUGGCACGGUUCUCUGCCCUCCUCUGGGGCCUGUUGGUUCCCCUGUGUGGUCAAUAUGAGCUACAUGGUCUACUUUAACUUUAUCGGCUGCGUGCUGGCGCCCCUAGUGGUCAUGUUCAUCAUUUACGGCCACAUCUUCCUCACGGUCAGACGGCAGCUCAGACGCAUCGCGGCCGAGAGGGGACCAGUCGGACCUGAUUUCCGGAAUGACCAGUCUGUGGCUGGCAGCAGCGAUGUUGGGUCUAGUGCCGGGAGCAAAGAUGACGGCUCCGGGUCGGGGGGCGGUGCCGCUGGACCCGGGGGGGCCAGGGCUCAGGCUGCGGAGGCCACUUCCGGGCGCGUGCCGAGUGGCGGCGAGUGUCGGGCGGCGGCGUGCAGGCGCGGCGAGGUGCGGAAGGCCACCUCCCUGUUCCUGCUGGUGUUCCUGUUCAUGCUGUGCUGGCUGCCCAUCCACUGCGUCAACUGUGUGGCUCUGCUGAGGCCCGGGUGGCACAUCCCCAAGCCCCUCAGCCUGGCCGCCAUAUUGCUGUCCCACGCCAACUCCGCCCUCAACCCGCUGCUCUACGCCUACCGCAUGAGGUCAUUCAGACACACGCUGGGGAACCUCUGCCGCGCACGAACCUCGUGACACACAGGCUGCGUCACACACGGCAUAACACUCUCACUCACGCUCACACGUACCACUAUCUCUAAUACACUCUCAAAAACACACACACACUGAAUUAUUUAAUAAAGACUUCUAUAUACUGUU